AUGGCCUAUCCUCCGAAGACACCCACCCGCCAUCGCUCUCGCUCGGAGACGAAGACGCCCCUCUCGUCAUCCAUUUUCGGCACCAACAAUCUCGCUGACGCCUCAAACCCCUUCAUCGUACCGAGUCGUAAUGCAUCGCCAUCGAAAAAGGCGUCAGGUAGCUCGUACCAUGUUUCCGAGGCUCUUCAGAGGCAAGCAAGUACUGGCGUCAUCCGCAAAGGCGGGAUCGAGAGUCGACUGGAUGUUGUCACUCGAGAUUAUGUUCCUCCACCAAAGUCGGAGAAGCGGUCACGGUCCCAGCCAACACGCGAUACCAGAGAUCGCUUCAUCACCACCCGCGACACUGUCGAUGAAGUCGCUGCAACUCUGGACCUCAUGUCCCUCAACCCCGAAUCCGCAUCGCCAGGUCAUACUGCGCGACUGGCCGCCGCCGCCGGAGUGCCACUGAACCGGCGCAUUCUUGCAUAUCAUGAACCUCCCCCUGCCGCUUCCUCCGAUCCCCUCAUGGCACAAGCUCGCGAGCUCGCACGCCCCCUCUACGCACGCGCCGGUGCCACAACAGCCAAUUCCGCACCUGUCACUGGUACCAAGGACCGCAAAAUCUCCAACCAGCCCAUCCGGAUCCUCGACGCCCCAGGCAUCAUCGACGACUUCUACCUCAACCUCCUCUCGUGGGGCUCUACCAACCUCCUUGCCAUCGCUCUCAUCAACGCCAUCUUCAUGUGGAAGGCGGAGACGGGCGAAGUUACCUCUCUGAUGGAGGCCCCCGAAGAUACCUACAUAUCCUCUCUCGACUUCUCCAAGGACGGCACCUACCUCGGAAUCGGUUACCCGACUGGUGUGGUCGAGCUGCGCGACGUCGAGACGCGCCAGAAGCUGAGGACGAUGACGGGCCACUCCGCCCAGGUCGGCGUGCUUUCCUGGAACGGGCCCAUCCUCAGCUCCGGCUGCCAAGACGGGAGCAUCUGGCACCACGACGUCCGCGCGCAGCGGCACAAGGUCAUGGAGCUCCUCGGGCACCAAGGCGAGGUCUGCGGGCUGAAGUGGCGCGCCGACGGCGAGCUCCUCGCGUCGGGCGGGAACGACAACGUGCUGAACAUCUGGGACGGCCGCGUGGGCGACGCCAGCGCCGCGGACGCCGCGUCCGAGCGGUCCGCGGCACGCUGGACGAAGCGGAACCACACCGCAGCGAUCAAGGCGCUCGCGUGGUGUCCGUGGCAGCCGUCGCUGCUCGCGUCCGGCGGGGGCACGUCCGACGCGACGGUCCACUUCUGGAACACGACCACGGGCGCGCGUCUGCACUCGUUGACCACCCCGGCACAGAUCUCGAGCAUCCAGUGGUGCGGGCACAAGAAGGAGUUCCUGACCACGCACGGGUACCCGACGAACUCGGUCAUGGUCCACAGCUACCCGUCGAUGGACAAGCUCGCGGACAUCCGGGACGCGCACGACUCGCGCGUGCUCUUUUCCGCGCUGUCCCCGAACGGGGAGCUGCUCGCGACGUCUGCAGGAGACGAGUGCCUGAAGUUCUGGAAGAUCUGGGACGCACCGAAGGCGAAGAAGAAGGACGUGAAGGACUCGUCGUCGUCGUCGUCGUCGCGGCAUGGAAGCACGAACGCGGGGAUCCUCAACUUGCGGUGA